CCCCUCUCUCUCUCUCUCUCUCUCUCUCUCUCUCAAUUUGGAACCUAAACGUAAUGCUCUGCAUAUCGCCAAGUCCUGUGAUCCAGAAGACACAGCAAAAAAUGGAGAAGCAAGACUUGGAAGCGGCGAGCAGGAGGUUGGUCAUCAUCGGAGGAGGCGUUGCCGGUUCCUACCUCGCUAAAUCCUUCCAAUUCAAGGCCGAUGUCACUCUCAUUGACCCGAAGGAGUAUUUUGAGAUUCCAUGGGCAAGCAUGAGGGCAAUGGUGGAGCCAUCGAUUGCGAAAAGGUCGGUGAUCAACCAUAGAGAGUACUUCACCAAUGGCCAAGUUAUUACAUCCAGUGCAGUCAAUGUCACUGAAACUGAAGUGUCGACUGCAGACGGCCAGCUGAUUCCCUAUGAUUUUCUUGUUAUUGCCACUGGCCAUUCUGAUCCUGUACCGGAAUCUAAGACUGAGAGACUCAAUCAAUACAAAGCAGAAAGUCAAAAGAUAAAUUCAGCUGGUUCCAUUUUAAUUGUUGGAGGAGGCCCCACUGGUGUUGAACUUGCUGGAGAAAUUGCUUUUGAUUUCCCGGAUAAGAAGGUUACUCUGGUGCAUAGUGGAUCAAGGUUGCUGGAAUUCAUUGGAACAAAAGCUUCUGACAAGACUCUGCAUUGGUUGAAAUCAAAGAAAGUUGAAGUGAAAUUGGAGCAAAGAGUGAAUUUGGACUCUGUUUCAGAUGAAAGCAAAACUUAUCAAACUUCAGCAGGAGAAAUUAUCAAUGCAGAUUGCCAUUUUCUGUGCACAGGGACACCACUGGGUUCAGCAUGGCUUAAGGAAACUAUGUUGAAGAAUAACAUAGAUACUCAUGGAAGGUUGAUGGUUGAUGAGAAUUUGAGAGUUAAGGGUCAAAAGAACAUAUUUGCGAUUGGAGAUAUUACUGAUAUCCCGGAAAUCAAAGAAGGGUUCUUGGCCCAAAAACAUGCUGAUGUGGCUGCGAAGAACUUGAAGCUAUUGAUGACGGGAGGAAAUGAAAGCAAAAUGGCAACUUAUAAGCCAAGUUCAGCAAUGGCAGUUGUUUCGCUUGGAAGGAGAGAUGCGGUGGCACAACUCCCAUUUGCGACAAUCAUCGGAAGAAUCCCUGGCUGGAUAAAAUCUGGGGAUCUGGUUGUGGGAAGAACAAGAAAGCAAAUGGGUCUAGAACCUCAUGUUGUAGAUGAUUAAAGUUCAAAGAGUGUGUGAGUGGCUUUGUAUUUUAUACAUGCAAAACAAGAACACAAGAACCUCGUAUGUUAAACAUGAAUAAGUUCAAGGAGUGAUAGUGUGAAUAAAUUCUAGGACUCAAUUUGUAUUUUUUA